AUGAAACAUGUAGAAGUUAAGUACUUGCAUGACUAUGUAGGAGUUUUUGCCAAUGUUGGUUUGACAGCAAACUCAAUUGUCAACCUCUCUGGUGUUAUUGGAACUAAUGUAAUUGCUCUCGACCAUGAUCUUUCUUACGACACUAAAACUAGCAAAUUGACUAAGUUUAAUAUGGGUUUGAACUUCACAAAAGAAGAUUUGGUUGCUUCAUUGGUUCUGAAUGAAAAAGCUAAUGUCUUGAAUGUUUCAUACUACCAUGUAGUCAACCCCUUUACCAAAAUAGUUAUUGAUGUUGAGGUAACUCACCGAUUCUCGAUCAAAGAAAACACAUUCACACUUGGAACUCAGCAUGCAUUAGAUCCAUCGAUGGAGUAA